AUGUCUACAGAUUUUCUUAUAGGAAACGUGUUGUCAACAGUUGUUAGGAAGAUGGUUCUACAAGAUAUUGCUUCCACACUAGAAUCUAUGGGAAAAGAUAUAAAUAUGUAUCGUUUUGUUCCUGCCAAUAUAUUUUACGGUCAAGAUGAAUUUACAAAUAGAGAAAUUGACGACAAACGAGUAGUCACAAUUCCAACUGAAGAUCUACUUGCAUCACAAGUCCUAAAUUCUGAACAAAAAAAUACGUAUGAUUUGAUAUUGCAUACAUUAGUAUCAAAUGAAGCUGGUGCUUUUUUCGUUGAUGGCCCUGCUGGUACCGGUAAAACUUUUCUAUACAGAGCACUUCUGGCAGAAAUUAGAUCGAAAAAUAUGAUAGCACUUGCAACUGCGUCAUCCGGUGUUGCUGCCUCCAUCUUACCUGGAGGACGAACAGCACAUUCAAGAUUUAAGAUUCCAUUAAAUGCAGAUAAAAGCAGCACAUGUAAUGUGAGUAAACAGGAAAAUCUUGCUAAAUUAUUACGACUUGCAAAAUUAAUUAUAUGGGAUGAAGCACUCAUGUUUACAAAACAUUCAAUAGAAGCAUUAGAUAAAAUGUUGCAAGAUAUUAAUGAUACAGAUCUCCCUUUUGGUGGGAAAGUUAUUGUUUUUGGUGGAGACUUUCGACAAGUAUUACCUGUGAUUUGUAAUAGCACAAAAGAACAACAAAUUGAUUCAAGCUUAGCUUCUUCUUAUUUAUGGUCUAUUUAA